UAAUUUUUUUAUUUUUAAUUUUAAUUUUCAAUUGGCUUUUCGAUCAGAUGCCUUGGAGUUGGCGCCGAAUGCCCUAAAUCAGCCAUUGUCGAGUGCUCGUUCCGAUCAGAGGAUGAAUGCAACGUUGAAUUCUGGAGUUGUUUUCUCUGAAGACAUUGCCGAUGAAAGUGAUUCCGAUGCGAAUUCCGCUGAAGGAUCGGAUUACUACGAGCCAAUCGCGGCCGUUGAUGAUGAAGAAUCCGAUGACGCUGGAUCAGAGGACGAAAUUCACAGCUCCGAUACUCAUUUGCAGCAUUUACCCAACGGUUGUCGUGUGAAUCAAGUGGAGAACGCAGUUUCGUCUCUUAGGCUGAACGAGGAUGAGGAUGAGGAGAGGAUGAGGAAGGCUUCUGAUUCGGCGAUAAGGAUGGCGUUUAGAGAGGAUGAGACUCGGAGGAACGCGCCGCUGUCACCGGAGAAUGCGAUGAGGAUCAUGGAGGCCAUGCGCGGCGUCUCGUUUGGCGGCGUUGCUCCAGAUUGGACUCGGAUUGUUUCUGAGGACCGUUGGAUUGAUCAGCUUCGAAGGCUUAGGCAAACGCCCAGCUCUCCCAAUAAUUUCGGAAACUGAGAGAUGAACCUCUUUCUCAUUUCAAAUUUCAGAUCCCAGUCUUCUUCUUCUUCUUCUUCUUUCUUUAGUUUGUUACCGAAUUUUCCCAUGACUCUCAGUUUUCCUCAUGAAUAAAAACAAUCCUUCUGGGUUUUAGUUCACAAAA